AUGUCGACCAGUAGCAUUGACCAGAAGCAGUUCCAACAAUCUGGUACGGCCCUUGUUGUUCACAUUGAGCCGCCGAGAAAAGUAAAGAAGGGCCACAAAAUGCGUACAUUUGUUGUGAGCGUUGAGUCGCCUGUGACACAAGUCAUCUUCACUGUGUAUCUCGUCAACUCAACUGAUGACCCUACCACGAAUUAUGCCAAUCCAUACGACACUUCGGUUUCAUAUACAUCUGGAUCAAUGGCAUUCAAUGGUCGUCAGAUGCCUAAUACGAAUCAUCAUUUUGCCGUCUUCGAAAACUUCAUACCCAACGUUGGAGGAGAAUAUAGGAUUUGGAUUAACGUUAUGGGGCUCUACGACGAUGUAUAUCAUACAAUCAGCAUGAGACACGUCCAUGACAGUUGUAUGGGUACCAGAUUUCUCGGAGGCAUACUCCAGUGGAAGGACAUGCAUCCAGUGAAGGUGAAGGUGCACGGUAAAGUAGCCAGUGUUCCGCUGUCACCGGAAGAAGAGGGACUGAUUGCAAGGAUCAGAUCCCAUUGA